AUGCAUACUCAACAUAAACCUGUUCCUCAAACAGAAAUCGAACAUCAAUGCUGUCUAUUACCACAUAUUGAUCGUCAUACUCGACCUAUUAUUGAUUUAAAUCAUGAACAACGACGUCAAAUUGAAGAAUAUGUUUUUUCUAAAUUAGAAGAAUAUGUUCAAGAAAAAUCUACAAAUCUAUUUCAUUUAACAUCAUUAUCUCAUAUACGUCGACGUUUAAAACGUGAUGUUAAAUAUUUAUCUAAACAAUUUAAACCCUAUUCUGUAUCUGAUGAGAAAAUUUAUCAAUGUCUUGAUGAAACACUUGAAAGAAUUAAUUCACAGUUACCAAAUUUACAUUCAUUAAUUAAUUCUCAACAUGAAUUAAAACAAUUAUUUUUAACAGAUGAUUUAUUUUCAUCAAAUACUACGAAUAAUCAAUGGGAACAAUUACAAAUCAAACGAGCAAACGAAUUAUUUCCCAAUGUAUAUAAUAAUGAAAAAGAACUUUUAUUAAAUUAUAAAAAAUCUAUUGUCGAUAGUUUAACACCGAAAAAAUUAGAAGAUGAUCGUCUUCCAUUAAAAAAUAAAGAUAAAAUUGAUUUAGAUUUUGAAUAUAAUAAAGCCGAACAAAUUGGUCGAGAUUAUUUAAAAGAAAAAUUUGAUAAUUAUAAAACACGUCAAUAUCCAAAUUUAAAUUUACUUCAAGAAAUGAUUAAUCUUGGAAUGGAACAAAUGAUAAAACGACCAAAAACAGAUGAUUUAAAUAAAGCAUCAUUAUCAACAAAUUUUCUUCUCAAAGCAUUCUUUAUUAUUAAAAGUAAAAAUGCUUAUUCUAUGAGUUUAAAAAAUGUCGCUGAUGAUUUUAUGUUUCUACGGUUUGGGCGUUCAUUAAGCAAUGAAAAUAAUAAAAAAGAUUCAAUAUCUAAACGAUUUACAUCAUUAAUUCAUAUGUUUCUCAAUACAAUUUCACUACUUAUAAAUUCAAUCAAAUCAGAUAAAUCACAAGAAAUAAUAUUAUCUUCUAUUACUGAAAUUGAUACAGAUUUAACAUCAGAAAAUAUACUUUCACCAAUUAUUUAUAUUGAUCAAUGGACAUGGUUAUUAGAAAAAUGGAAAAUAGCUUUACAAACAUUUCCAAUUAAUUUAACAAAAUAUGGUGCAUUUGGUCGUCUAAUUCGAACAACAAUUGGUGUUGGCAUUGCUCGACUUUAUGGUUUUGCUGAAAAUAAUGAAUAUGAAGAUUUGAAUAGAAAAUUUUUUCAAGCAUUACAAAUGGGUUUCUAUUAUGGUAUUGCUUAUGCUCUGGUUGAUGGAUUACAAGAUACUCAAAAUGAACAACAACAACAACAUAUUGAUGUAGAUAAAUGGUUAAUUGAAAUGGAACGUAUUCUAUGUGGUGCUAAACUUGAUCCAACAUUACUUCCUCAAUUACCUAUAACAUCACUUUUACUUGAAACAUUUCAUAGUCUUGUACAAUUAACAUCAAAUAAUUGUAUAUCUGAACAAACAUUUACUGAUCUUGCUUUACUUCUUCGAUCACAACGAUCUGAUAAAAAAGAUUAUGAAAAAUUAUAUAAGAAUGAUAUUGAUCUUUAUAUUGGUUCAUUAAUGAAAGCACAUUUUACUUAUACAGCAACUGCAUUUAUGGGUGGUACACAAAUACUACAGAAUUAUCAACGUUUAUGGACAAUGCCAUUUUUAGGACAAUUAACAGAUGAUUGUCGUGAUUUUAAUGAAGAUCGUCGUGAUAAAUCUCUAACACCUGUUACUUACUAUGCUCAACAUAAUGAUUCAACAAGAUUAAAUCCAUUUUUUGUUUUUUUAUUUGUUUGUGAAGAUUUAUAUGUUCAAAGUAAUCGAGAAAAAGAUACUGGUGCAUUUUUAGGACGACGAAUUAUAAGAACAUUACGAUCAUUACAAAAAGAUUUAAAUGAAUUUUUAAUUAUAUUUACUUCAAAUUCAUAUCCACAUUUAUAUAAAUAUACUCUAUCAUUAGAGAAACUAUUUGAUCGUGUUAGUGAUCCAGAAAAAUCUAUAUUUCGUUUUGUAAAUAAAUUUGCAAUUCAUUAUUCAUUAAAUCAUCGAAAUGUUGAAACAUUUGCUUAUGAUCAUUUAUCAUUCAUUGAAAAACAAUUAACAUUAAUAAAUAAUACUAAUGAUUCAAUUAUUUAUGGUAUUAAUCAUAGUUUAAAAGCUGGUGGAAAACGUCUUCGACCACUACUUCUCCUUAUGGUUGCACAAAUUUAUAAUAUUAAUAUUGAACGUAUAUUACCACUUGCAAAAGCUAUUGAAUAUCUUCAUACAAGUAGUUUAAUAUUUGAUGAUUUACCAGCUCAAGAUAAUGCACCAUUAAGACGUGGUCAACCAACGCUUCAUACACCAAUUGAAAGUGAUAAGAAUGAUAUACCAUUAUCAUUAACAGAAGGACGAGCACAAUUAGUUGCAGUCGAUUUAAUUGCACAUGCAAUUCGAUUAGUUACUAUUGAUCUUUAUCGAGAAGGUUUUUCAUAUGAAAGUAUUAAUAAAGUUACUGCAGAAUUAUCUCAAUCAAUGGAUGAACUUUGUCAUGGACAAUUUCUUGAUUUACAAGCAGCAAGAACAAAUAAAUCCUUAACUAUUAAUGAACUUGAUCAUAUUGCUGAAUUAAAAACUGGUAAAGCUAUUGAAAUUGUACUUGUUUGUCCUGUUUUACUUGUUCAACAAGAUGAUUCUUUAAAUAUAACAUUAGAACGUCUUCGUGAACUUGGUAAAUUAAUGGGAAUUCUUUUUCAAAUGAAAGAUGAUUUACUUGAUGUCGAAGGAAAUACCAGUGAACUUGGAAAAUUAACAAAUAUUGAUCAACAAAAUCAAACAGUGACUUAUAUAAGUUUAUUAGGAAUUGAACAAACUCGAAAUCGUAUCAAUAACAAAAGAAAACAAGCUGAAAUGAUUCUAGAUGAUUUAUGGCCACAGGCAGGUACUAUUCAUGAUGUUAUUAGACAUAUCUGUGAACGAACAAAAUAA